CUAAACCCAUAGAUCGAUGACUAAACCUGGUACUAAACCACAAUAAAUAAUACUGCAAUACUAGGGUAAAAAAUAAAAAUUCCAUUAUUUAGCAAGAUGAUUUUGAGAAGGUUUCAUAGAAUUGCCAAGUGUAUAGAUGUCAGCCAAGAAGUAAGAAAUGCUUUAGAAGCUAAAAGGCCAGUUGUAGCUUUAGAAAGCACAAUCAUUACUCAUGGAAUGCCUUUCCCCCACAACAAAGAGACUGCUCUGGAAGUUGAAAACAUAGUUCGGGAACAGGGUGCAGUACCAGCCACAAUUGCCAUUAUAAACGGCAGAAUUAAAGUUGGAUUGUCACUAAAAGAAGUUGAAUUACUUGCAAGCUUGAAACCAAACAGUGAAGUUUUAAAAACAUCUAGACGAGAUUUGGCUUAUGUUAUCAGUAAGGGGCUCAGUGGAGGAACCACAGUAUCUGGAACCAUGUUGACGGCUCAUUCCGUGGGAAUCAAAAUAUUUGUUACUGGAGGGGUCGGGGGAGUGCACAGAGGAGGGGAAGAUACGAUGGAUGUCAGCGCAGACCUGACGGAGUUAGGACGUACACCUGUCACUGUCGUCUGUAGUGGAGUCAAGUCUAUACUGGACAUUGGACGCACACUGGAAUAUCUAGAAACGCAAGGAGUGUGUGUGGUAGUGUACGGUUCAAGCAGACAGUUCCCAGCAUUCUACUGUGAGAAGAGCGAGUUCUUAGCUCCGUACAGUCUCAGCACACCAGAGGAGGUGGCAGCCCUAGUACAGUCUCAGCAGGAACUACAGCUGCAGAGUGGAACACUGCUGGCAGUGCCUGUACCCAGGGAGCACCAGCUGAUUGAUGAUGCUUCAAUGGAGACAGCCAUUCAAAAUGCUCUCAAGAUGGCUGAAGAGAAAAACAUCAAAGGGAAAGAUGUCACUCCCUUCAUCCUGGAGCACUUGAAGGAUGUCACUGGUGGAAAAUCCUUGCAUACAAACAUCGCCCUGAUAAAGAAUAAUGCUAUGAUUGGUGCCAAAGUAGCUGUUGCUCUUGCAGAUAAAACCUCUGGGAGUAUAAAUAAAGACACAGUCAAACAACCAGAAUUUAACAACAUAAAGCGCCAAACAUUUCCAAACAUACAUUCAUCUUCAAGAGCUACAAAACUACGACCUAUUGUCAUUGGAGGAUCAAACAUGGAUUCUGUAGUGUCUGUGAAAGAACCGUUUAAGGUGGAGGGGCGCACAUUGCAGGGACAUAUCCGUUCGAGUGGAGGUGGCGUGGGACGUAACAUAGCAGACGCACUGGCCAAACUGUCACCCUAUCUCCAGCCUAAACUCGUCUCUGCAGUCGGGGACGAUUUGUACGGCACUUACCUCAUAGAGCAAACUGUCAACCACUUGGAUCACAGUGGAGUGUUGGUUUCCAAGCAGCAGCAGACAGCCAGCUACACCUGUGUGUUGGACCAUCGUGGAGAGAUGAGGUUAGGAGUGGGCGACAUGUCUAUCCACGACGUCAUUACUACAGAACAUGUGAGCAAAUAUCUGCAAGAUCCUCUGGCAGUUGUCAUUGAUGGGAACAUUCCAGCAGAGACAAUAUUUUUUGUGCUUGAACAUUGCUCCAAGUAUGGUAUUCCAGUGGUGUUCGAACCCACCGACGUAUCGAAAGCUACCAUUCCGUUCAUGUGUGAUGCUUGGAAGGGCAUUAGUCUUAUAACACCCAACAUUAAAGAGCUGAGAAAAAUUGCCACCUUUGUAGGGUUGGAUGUAGGUUCUGGUGAAGACCAAGUCACCAGCCUAGAAGAAGUGGUGAGUAUGGCGUCGCCUCUGGCAAAACACAUACAAACUGUCAUGGUUACAUUGGGAGCUCUAGGGGUGCUGAUGGUUGGUAGACCGAAUCCUGGAGCUUCAGUUACUGCUAGAUACUACGCUUGCUCUCCUCUCGACCAUGUACAGAGUGUAUCAGGAGCUGGGGACUGCCUGGCCGCAGGCGUCAUCAGUGGUAUGUUGGCCGGUCUGACUGAGGCUGAAUGUGUAUCUGUGGGGUUGGCCGCAGCUCACGACUCACUGCAUAGCUUCACCGCAGUUCCGCAGCAGUUCUCUACGCAGCCAAAACCUGUUCAGUUCUCUCUGGUAGAGAGCACUCUCAAGAGAUCUCUGUUGUAAGAAGGUUUUGGCGAAGAGCUGUGAAAAUCAUUCCAAUCGAGCUUCCACAAUAGACUCCACAAACACAAACCAUCAAAGUAACAUGGAAAGUGUGCAAAGUGGUUGUGUUACAUUGCUGCACCAGUUUAUUAUACCUUAGAGAUUAUGUGUAUCUACCAUACUGCAAAUAUACAUUUUCUUUUGGAAAAUUGGGAUACUUUAAAAAAUACUGAAAUAAGUUACAUACGAAAAUAGGAAUACUAUCAGAUAUUUCCACCAGUUCAAAUAUUUUACUGUAAUUACAAAAAUACAAACACUCAUAAUAUUGGCAUAAAUUGAUGAGUACUCACAGAAUGUACAUUGACUCUCUACAAUUGGUUUGAAAAAGUUAGUACUUUUUCCUUUGUCCAAAAUUUGAUCAGUAUGGACACAAUUUUAUUUUAUUCCCACUGAAUGAAUGGGAAUAGAAGUCUCUCAAUUUAUAGAAAAGUUCAGUUAUAUCUAGCUAGUUUUAUAAAUCAAAGCCGAUAAAUAUACAUUUAUUUAUUUUGGACAAGUGGUUAAGGGAAGGUUUAUUGUGGAGAGUCACGGAGUAAAUAGAGGGUAGGGACUAGUUUGUCUCCUGCUGGUAAGUUCUUUCAAAUAAACACAGGGAAUUAUGUAGUUCUUACACUUAAGUGAUGCUUAUUUUAAUAAUUUUUGUUAAUAAAAGAAAAAUGAAUUUUUCUACAAAACUAUUUUUAAGUGGUUAUAGCUUAUAUGUCCUAUACUAUUGAAACUUAAGGCUUUAAUGGAUCUGUGUGUGUUAUAGGUUGAUGUGCCUAAAUAGUUGAUAUGAACUUUUAGUUUCAAUCAAUUAUUGUAUUAUCAAAUCCUAUAGGUGAAAUCAAGACUUUCACAAUAACUAUUUUAAUUUUUUUGAAGACUAAGCAACAUUAGUUUUAAGUCAAUAAUCCAGGUCAAUUUAUGUUUUACACCUAUGUGAUUAUA